AAAUGUAAUAUUACCUCACAAGCUUACACCGAAUUUUGACAUCACUGAAUACGUCGUCCAACUUCAGGACACCGGAGACAUCUAAGGAAAUGGAAGCGACUACUGAGACGACAUCGGAUUCCAAAGAAAGCCUGAAGCUGAAGUACAGGUUCCCACAUCCCUCCCUUAUUGACGCAAUAAGGGAGGGAUGUGGGAACGUGUACUUCCGAUGACUUCUGGCUAGGAGAGAGCUAAUCAAGUUGGCUUUGGAUUAACAUUCUGUUGGGACUGUCAUUGUAAAAGCUAAGUCAGUCUUAUUCGGCGAGGCAGAGUGUGCAGCACAAAGCGAGAAAAUUACCGGGUUAAUACAGUAUUAGAAUAACCUUGGCUACUAAAAGCCUUAUUUGGAUCGGGAGAAAUGACUCGGAAUAUGACAGCUGCCUCAGCAUACCGUAUGUUCGCCCUAUAGCUUUUGAUAUAUGUUUGCUCCAGCUAAGAGUGUUACUGAAUGUAAAUCCUAAGUUUACUGCACUCUGUUUAAAUUGAAUCAGCGUUCCAUUAAUAGCUAGAUUAGGAACGUUCGUUGUAUCAAUCGGCUUUUUGGCAAUUACUAUGCACUUUGAUUUACUGGGAUUUAUACAUAUGAGUUGGCAGAAACUGGAAAUCCUAGCACCUACAACCACUGCUUGGAGCCUUUCACGAAGAUAGGAUUCUUCGAACUGCAGUACAUAAAAAAUUAAAGUUGUUUUUUAGUUUGGCACUGUAGUAGCCCUAAGCAUAAGUUUGUACAUACACUUUUAUAGUAGCCCUAAGCAUAAGUUUGUACAUACACUUUUAUAGUAGCCCUAAGCAUUUAUACACAUACAUACACUUUUAGCCCUAAGCAAAUGUACACACACACACAGACUAAGAUAAUCUGUGAUAUACAGGAUACACAAAAAGAGAAGUGAAGAAUAAAAAGAACAGUCUUGCGAGUGAUCUGAAGCAGAACGGUCGUCAUUAUUGCUGCUACAAUAUCAGAAGUGGGCACAAAACCUCGUGCCAAAAGCCAUUCCUGCAAGAUUUUAUAUCAAAAACUAACUCUAUAAUGGAUCCGGUUAACGCAAAUGAUUUUUCGAUUAACCAACUGCGCAAUUGGUGUUCGGCCCUUAACUUGGCCACUCACGGCAGUAAGAGUACGUUGGCAGCAAGGUUGAGUGAAGUGCAUUUUCGCGGAAAAUGUCCGAGUAUGCCAAACGAAACAUGUUCCAACAAAAAGAGACAACCAAAUUUAAACGAAUCGGCGAAUGCAGAGGAUGUUUCAGAAUUAGACAAUAAAUCAAACGAAAAGGCGAAUGCACAGAAUAUUCCAGAAACAGACGAGAAAGCAAACGAAGCGACGCUAAACGAACGAGAAGAAAAAGCAAACGAAGCGGCGAUAAACGAACGAGAGGAAGAACCGAACGAAGCGACGAUGAGCGAACGAGGGGAAGAACCAAAUGAAAUGGCAAACGACGGAGAAGAAGAAUCAAAUGAGAUGGCAAACUACGAUGAAGGUGGAGAAUCAGAGGAAGAUGCAAACGACGAGCCAAAUGAGGAGCAUAAGGAAGCUGAUGUAAACGAAGGACAAGGGAAAGCAGAAUUAAAAAGAGCAGCUAAAAACGAGCAGAAAAAUCUAGAAAAAUCUGAAGAAAUGCAGGACAAUGAAGAGAAUGCAAAGGACGGAAAGCAAUUGUAUUUUUUGAACGACAUUCAACAAAAAUUGGCGAUCGAAAAUGCUUUCCAGAAGGAGAAAUUAAAAUUAAUGGCCAGAGAAUUGGAGCUGAUGAAUUUUGAGAGAGAGCUACUGCGGAGGGAGAACGAUUUAUUGAGAGCGUCUGAGAGAGUAAGCGAGAGAGAGACAUCGUGCAAAGUUACAAAAGAUGAUGAAAUUCCUUUUCAAAGCAUAAAGGAAAUGUUGCCAGAUUUCGACGGCCACACAAAUGUUAGUGUUUGGCGCACACAUAUAAACGUAUUAAAAAUGACGUAUGGAUUAACGGAGAAUAAGUUACGGUCGCUAAUAUUUAGCAAAGUUAAAGGUGAUGCGCAAGCCUGGGUGUACUCAAAGCCUGAGCUUGCAAAUGAGAAGGUUGAUACCCUAUUGGCAUCGAUGGAGAAAGCUUUUCUACCAAAAGAGAGUGCCAUUACACUGCGCAAGAAGCUCGAAGCACGCAAAUGGCAAACAAACGAAUCGUUCACUUCUUACUUUAAUACUAAAGUAACACUGUCAAAUGGAUUAGAAAUGCCGGAGUGCGAGUUAAUUGAUUACAUCAUCCACGGUAUACCCGAUCGUCAAAUACGCACAAGCGCCAACAUGAUGUGUUUCAAGGAGAAGGAUGCCCUGCUGUCAGCCUUACAGCAUGUUAAUUUAGUAGCUCCAAGAUCUGGAGGGGCUAAUAAUAAUUCAGGAAAAAUCGAGAAGCCAGUUUUCCGCUGCUACAAUUGCAAUUGUUUGGGACAUAUCGCCUCAGAUUGCCGCAAACCUAAAAGAGAAGUUGGAGCCUGUUUUGUGUGCGGAAAAAUGGGUCACCUUGCUGCGGCCUGUGAAGAAAACAAGAAGACGUCGUCCCCAGCCACUCGCAGAGAUGAUUAUAAUGCCUCUUAGACUCAGGGAGCCCGAUCAGCUUUAUGAAGAAAAAUUGUGUUCCGGCUAGCGUUAUUUUGAAGUCAGCGCCACCAGCCACGUAUUUUGGUUUAAACUUCAGCAAAUUAAUUAUCAUUGGAAAAAUUUUUGUUUUCAUUACAAUUCAUAAUAAAAGAAUAAAACUUGAAAUGCUAGUUGUUGAGAACGAUUCAAUGAAUAGAAAAUUUAUCUUGGGUAGAGAUUUUUUAAAUGCGAGUG